AUGGAGGCGCCGGCCGAGCUGCUGGCCGCGCUACCCGCGCUGGCCACCGCGCUGGCGCUGCUGUUCGCCUGGCUGCUGGUGCGGGGGCCCGGGGAGCCCGAGGAGCCCGCGGGCCCGGGGGAGCCCGAGGGGCCGGGGGAGCCCGCGGCGGUGCCGGCCGAGGCGGAGGAGCAGCCGGCAGAGGCGAGGCAGGAGGAGGAGCAGGACUCCAACGGUGAGAAGGGGCCAACCCAAGCAGGGCCUGAGGAAGAGGAUGGAGAGGCCUUCUCCUUUAAAUACAGCCCUGGGAAGCUGAGGGGAAACCAGUAUAAGAAGAUGAUGACCAAAGAAGAGCUGGAGGAGGAGCAGAGGAUUGAGCUGACCUCUGACCUCACUUCCCUGUAGCAAGUUCCUUAGGUCCUGAGCCACAUAUAUUCUUGCAAAUUCUCUUGAACUGAAGAAUAACGAAGUUGUCCUUAGCCUCCUCCCAAAGCCUUUUCCUUUUGGCAUCUUAAAAGCUUGAGAUAAAACGGAGACCCCCAGAGAGCAGCCCAGGCAGGCUCCGGGCGCGUCCUGCCUACGCAGACCUGCUGAGCAAUAGACCCGCAGUCAGGACGUGGCCCUGGGCCAGCAGGGUCCUGAAAGGCCCCUGACUCCCCGUCUAGAGUCACUCACCCCGCUUAAUAUGGGCCGCUUCGUUACGCUGGAGGGUUUUAAGGGUUUGAGCUCAGCCCCUGGAUUCUGAUUUUUCUUACCACUUAGACUUGCUCUCACACACCCUUCGACCCUUAGAUCCCACCAACUUCAGCAGCUUCUACAUUUCAAAACCAGAGUACAGUUUCAUCCAGCCCUCCUGUUGCCCUCACUGAAGCCAAACCGCAAAAGACUUUGAGGUUUGACAGACAAAUAAGCUCACCUGUGCCCACCAGCUCCGUCAGGGACAGUGGACAUGCCCUUCCCCUCGGGGCCCCGCGUCCCUCUUUCUCCCCGGCUGGCCCAGCUGUCAGGGUGAGACGCCACGUCGAUUGCUGGGCAGCGAGGAACCGGUGCCAGGUGUUGACUGGGUCGUUGCCCUUGGAUCCAGCCCUCUUGUUGCUAAGAGGCCUUUUCACUGAUGUUCUUACCAGCUCGGCCAAAUCUCCACCUUUGCUUUGGCAGAAGCAAUAAUAACGAUGUUAGCUUAAAAUAGAUUUUUUCACUAUGCCUUUUCCUAGAAGGUUUCAUAGAUUAUUUAAAACUUCACCAAAUAAUCAGAUCAGUCCCAGAUUAGUUUCUUGGAAUUUUAUAUUUGACAAUAUUUAUACCAUAUCAAAUUAAUUUGCUUAGAUUUGUUGGUUAAAACAUUUUUUAAAGCAGUAAGUUUAUAGACAUUUUUUUCAUUUAAAAUGGAAGGCCGGGAAGUGUCCAGUGUCAACUCCUGGGCGUGCGUUCCCAGUGGCCUUCUCUUCUGGGCCUGAUACCUUAGGUUCGGGGCUUAGGGCAGAACAGGCAGCAAAGCAGCAGCCUCACAGUCAAUGCCUUCGACACAGAGCCACGUGACGAAGACGAGAUGUACUUUUGUGUCCCAAACGGCAAUAGUGAUGCCCUGUCUGGGCUGGGACCUUAUUGUUACAAAGGGUAGUGGCUCCCUCCAAGUGUAGUUAUCUAGGCCUGUCUGGGAACUUCCUGAUCGUGGCUUGUGGGCACCAAGCCUCCUGUACUCCUGACAGCUUAGAGCUCUGUCAUCAGCC